AUUUUGAUAAAAGAAUAUAAUAUUAAAAAAAUGUCAUUAACUAUGUCAGGAAAACCAAGGCAGAAGAGGAGAAGUAAGCAUGAUCAAGCUGGCAGAGACUUCAAAUGCCAUUAUUGAGAAAAUGCUUACUUGUCCUACCCAGCUAUGUACACACAUAUGAAGACCAAGCAUUACUACAAUGGUAGUGGUGGCAAUCCUGAUAUGAUCAUGACUACUGGUAGAGGAAGGGGCAGGCCAAGGAAGAACUUUGGCAAGGUUACCAAGCUUAAUCCUGAGAGUGACGAUUACUUCAAAACUAUGGAGAAAUGUGGGGGACCUACAGAUCCCCUCACUGGUUUUGAAGACUGCCUCAUUCAUGUCCUGAAACAACUAAACAAGGAAGAAGUUGAUUUCUCAAGGUAUCCUCUUUAUGAGAGCCUGCACAAAUUUAGUUUUGAGAGAACUCCUGGAAAUCCUGAGGAAGAAAGAGAGAAGAGUGCCAAGCUCAAGGACCCAGCACUGGAAAUCGAGUAUGAAAAGAUGGGCGAAGAAGAGAGAAACAAGCUUAAUUGUGAUGAUAUUUUUGCAGUUUAUCUGAGGCAGGCUUCCCAAAAGGUCAAUGAGAGCUUCUAUAAACUUCUCCUGAAAUUCAUCAUUAUAUACAGAGAAUGUGCUAACAAAUUAGGACCAAAAUUGGCGGAUUCAGAUGAUAUUGACAAAUCUUCAGUGAAAAAUGAAACUACAGAAAGUUCAGACAAGUUUGAAAGAUCAGACAAGUGAGAGAUAGACUAUUCCCAGAUUGAUUUUUGCACAGUGAAUAAUGCAGAGAAAAUUCCAGAGAUGUGAAACGAACUAAUCACAGUUUUCAUGGAAGAUCAUUCGUUUGGAAUUGAUCGAGCUGACGCUAUUGAUAUGACCAGAAACUUGUGUAGUUGGCUAUACACAAAUAGCCUUACUUGCUCCAAACUUUCAAUGGCUGGUUAAUAUAAUUUUAGUAACAUCAAUCUUAAUUUUUAAGUUU